GCAGUGCACGCUCUUCUAUGUGCUGGUUUAUACCCUACUUUCCUUCUUCCCCAAUCAAAGGAAUCCAAGACUGAAGAGAAAAGAAAGAGAAAGAAAACCCAAAAAGCAAAAUAAAGUUGUUUUUGCACCACUGUUUGCGAGAAAAGAAGCUUUUACCCACUUAUCCCAUCUAUCUUCCAUUCCCGUAUUACUUGCUUUACUAACCUUUUAUAAAUUCCUCUUCCAGAUUCCUCUUCCAAGUCUUUUCUUUUGAUUUUCCUUCUCCUUCCUCAUCUCUGAUCAACUAAUUAUAAACUCAUCACCAUCAACAAAAAACAGAGAGAUCGAUCAAAAUGGUUAAAGCAGGAGGUAUUUUUGUUUGCCUCUUGAUUGUGGCGCUUGACAUUGUAGCUGGGAUUCUUGGCAUCAAAGCUGAGAUCGCACAGAAUGAGGUAAAGCACUUGAGGCUGUGGAUAUUUGAGUGUAGGGACCCAAGCCAUGAAGCUUUCAAGCUAGGGUUAGCUGCAGCAGCACUUUUGGGUCUAGCUCAUAUUAUUGCUAAUUUGCUUGGUGGGUGUAAUUGCUUUUGUUCUCAAGAAGAGCUUCAAAAGGCUUCCCCUAAUAGACAACUCUCAGUGGCAUGCUUCAUUUUCACCUGGAUCAUAUUGGCUAUUGGAUUGUCCAUGCUGGUGAUAGGGACUUUGUCAAACAACAGAUCAAGAGGUUCAUGCGGUUUCAGCCACCAUCAUCUUCUGUCUAUCGGAGGGAUUCUGUGUUUUGUUCAUGCGCUGUUUUGCGUAGCGUAUUACAUAGCUUCUACUGCCUCUAGUACUGAGUAAAGUAUAUAAAAAAAACCAAGAAGUUAUAUAUUUGUGGAUUCCAUACUUCUAAGUUCUCCAAUUAACACUUUACUAAUCCAUCUUUUUUGUUGUAUGCUUUAUGACCAAACUCUUUUGAAAUGACAAUACUACCCUUCUCAUGCAAUUGCAUUUAUAGCAUUAGCUAGUUA